CAUAUAAUCCAUACAGAGAGACGGGGAGAUAGUGAAAUCGGUGGUAGCAGCAGCUGCGGUGACGGUGAGCACGGUCGGCGAUCAACUGAUGAAGAGUACGAUUUUGAAGAGGAAGAGGAGCGGUAGUAGCAAAAAAGAAACACAGAUGAGGAUGAAAGGUUCAUUGGCUACACACUUAUCUGUUCAGCUAGGUCAAAUCUCUUUCAAGCCGCCGCUUCCUCAGAACAAUAACAAUCCUUCGCGGUUUCAAAAUCUGCUCGAUAAGGAGGCUCACGGUAAAUCGGAAUCCACGCCGUCUACAUCGUCGUUUCCGUCAGCCACGGUUCUAGAUUUCGACGCCGAUGUUAAUGUGGACGAGAAAGAUUUCAUCCUCAGUCAGGAUUUCUUCUGCACACCUGAUUACAUUACUCCAGAAGCCCCACCGCUGCCAGUCACUGUAGGAUGCAAUAAGCUGGAAGAGAUGCCUUGCCCAAAAUCGCCAGAGAAGUUAAAGUCUGUUAGAAGCAAAAGGCAGAGAGAAGCAUUUCUGGAGCUGGAAGAUGAUCUAACAGAAGAAACUGAAACAGACAAUCAACCAGUAACAGAACCUCAUGUAAGCAAGCAGGGGUAUGUUUCACAAUCAGCUGUGGCAUUACGUUGUCGGGUAAUGCCUCCUCCUUGUAUGAAGAAUCCUUACUUACAGGAUGCUUCAGAUAAUGAUAUUGAUCCAUUCGGUGACCGAAGAUCAAAAUGUGCAGUUUUCCUCCCUGCUGCAUUUGGUGGCGAUGGUCUUUCACGCUAUCGAACAGAUUUUCAUGAAAUAGAGCAAAUUGGUACUGGAAACUUCAGCUGUGUAUUCAAAGUGUUGAAGAGACUUGAUGGUUGCAUGUAUGCUGUGAAAUGCAGCACUAGGAAAUUAUAUCUUGACAAUGAGAGGCAAAAAGCUUUAAUGGAAGUUCAGGCUUUAGCUGCAUUAGGAUAUCAUGAUAACAUUGUUGGAUACAAUACUUCCUGGUUUGAAAAUGAGAAACUCUACAUCCAAAUGGAACUCUGUGAUCACAGCCUUUCCAUGAUCAACCAGUCCACUAGACUAUGUCCAAAGGGUGAAGUGUUGGAAGCAAUGCACCAGAUUGCUAAGGCAUUGCAAUAUAUACAUGAGAAAGGGAUAGUGCAUUUAGAUGUGAAGCCAGAAAAUAUAUAUGUGAAGAAUGGUGUUUACAAGCUUGGUGAUUUUGGUUGCUCAAGUCUUUUAGAUGGAAGCUUACCCAUUGAUGAAGGGGAUGCAAGAUACAUGCCACAAGAAAUCUUGAAUGAUAAUUAUGAUCAUUUAGACAAAGUUGAUAUCUUCUCACUUGGAGCCACUAUUUAUGAACUCAUAAGGGGUUCAACAUUGCCAGAUUCUGGUCCAUAUUUUCAAAAUCUUAGGGAAGGGAAACUCCCUCUUCUUCCUGGACAUUCUAUGCAAUUUCAGAACAUACUCAAGGCGAUGUUGGACCCGGAUCCUGUUAAGAGGCCAUCUGCUAAAGAGCUAGUAGCCAACCCAAUUUUCAACAGGCCCAGGCCCAACAGAACAUUGAAAACCAAGUAAAACCUAUUUUCAAUCUGAUCAAAUAUUUAAUAUUGAUAUUGAAAAUAUGAAAUGUUAUUCUGUUUUCAAUCCAUCUAAUCAGAAGGUAGAGCACGAAGAACAAAAAACUGUAAAGCUAGUUUUCUAAAGUAGUUCCUUCUCAUCUCAACUACUUUGCACCAAAUUUUGCAUUUCAAUGGUGCUUUUGCUUCCC